CUAAAUGACUGAAAACAUGAGUAUAUCUGUGAAUGGAAAAUCUCAAGUGCCUCCUGGUUUCAGAUUUCAUCCAACUGAAGAGGAGCUCUUGCAGUACUACUUGAGGAGGAAGGUCUCCAAUGAGAGGAUUGAUCUCGAUGUCAUCCGCGACGUUGAUCUCAAUAAGCUUGAGCCGUGGGAUAUACAAGAGAAGUGUAAGAUAGGAACGACGCCGCAAAAUGAUUGGUAUUUCUUCAGCCACAAGGACAAGAAAUACCCUACCGGAACUCGCACAAACCGUGCAACGGCUGCCGGGUUCUGGAAGGCCACAGGCCGUGAUAAGAUGAUAAGCAGCAACUGCAGGCGGAUCGGUAUGAGGAAAACUCUUGUGUUCUACAAAGGCCGAGCUCCCCACGGCCAAAAGUCAUAUUGGAUCAUGCACGAGUAUAGACUCGACGACACCACCACCAGCACAACUAGUGUCUCGAUCACUGUCGUGGGAGAGGCAGCAGAGGAGGGAUGGGUGGUUUGCAGAAUCUUCAAGAAGAAAAGUCUCCACAAAAGCUUGAGCAGUCCUAUUAUGAGCACUACUAUUUCUACAUCUAUCACUGCAGAACUUACAAGAAGUUCAAGCCAACUGUUUGACGACGAUGAUCACGAGGGAGCCUUUGGGGAAAUGCUUCAGUACAUAGGAACAAAAACCUGCAAAAAAGAGAUUAAUGAUUUUCAUCCCCUUAACACAGGUAUCAAUAAUCACAUCAAUGGCUACCAUGAUCAUGACGAUAGGUUCCUUAAACUUCCAAGCCUCGAGAGCCCAAACUCCACCAGCAGCCAGAACUAUUACCAGCCAAUUAUCAAUCGAGAAGACAUGAUCAUACAUCAGAAUGAAGGAACUGUGAUUAACCAGCAUCUACGAUUUCAGAACGUGGACGACUCUGCCAGCCUCACCAACUGGGCAGCACUUGAUCGUUUGGUAGCUUCACAACUCAAUGGCGGCCACGAAACCGGGUUGUCUAAGCAAUUUGCUUGUUUAACUGAACCCACUAAUAUGAAUGCAUUUUGCAGUUUUACCACUGAUAAUGAACUCCAAUUACCAAGUACAUUACCAUCUUCAACUUCGUCGAAUUCAUCCAGCAAAUCAUACCAUGCCACCCUUCACGACUACAGCACCGACGAAACUGGUCUGUGGAGUACUUUUGCUGCAUUGUCAUCCUCCGAUGCACUAUGCCACGUGUCGAAUGCUCAUAUAUAA